UGUCAACUUGCCUAUCAUUAAAACCUGUAUAGGGGACAGAAAUAUGCAGCCACCGGUAUAUAUCCACAUCUAACCAUACACCACUGUUACAUUAUUAUUAUUUUUGCCCCUCUCUCUCUCUCUCUCUCUCUCUGAAUUUACAACAAGCAGAAGAAAGAAGAAUCAAGAAAAUCUAAGAGCCAUUCAGCGGCCGGAGUUUUCAAUGGAAGUUGGCCGGAAAAUGUCGAACUUUGUCGGCAGCGAGGAGAGAGUAGGACUGAAUUUCAAAGAGACUGAGCUGUGCCUUGGUCUGCCAGGAGGUGGCGUGGGAGGAUCAGGUGAAGGCGAGACUACAAUGAAGGUCACUGGAAAGAGAGGGUUUUCUGAGACUCUGGUUGAUCUCAAACUCAAUUACCUUCAGCAAGUUAAUGAAUCCGUUGCGGAUUCGGAGGAGAUGAUGAAGAAUAGCAGCAUUUCGUCCAUAGAGAAAAAUGUCCUUCCGUCCGACAAGGAUCCCGCGAAGCCACCGGCCAAGGCACAGGUGGUGGGUUGGCCGCCAGUGAGGUCAUUCAGAAAGAACAUUGUGUCUCAGAAGAGCGCAGCCCCUGAGGCGGCAGAGAAAGCUAGCGGCGGUGCCGGGGCAUUGGUGAAAGUUUGCAUGGAUGGAGCACCGUACCUUAGAAAGGUGGACCUGAAGAUGUACAAGAGCUACCAAGAGCUCUCUGAUGGCUUGGCCAAAAUGUUCAGUUCCUUUACUAUGGGUAAUUAUGGGGCCCAAGGAAUGAUAGAUUUCAUGAGUGACAGCAAGUUGAUGGAUCUCUUGAACAGCUCGGAGUAUGUGCCAAGCUAUGAAGAUAAAGAUGGAGACUGGAUGCUCGUGGGGGAUGUCCCUUGGGAGAUGUUUGUUGAUUCAUGCAAGCGGCUUCGCAUAAUGAAAGGAUCCGAAGCAAUUGGACUUGCACCAAGAGCCAUGGAAAAAUGCAAGAGCAGGUCCUGAUCAAUGAGAUCGAUCAUUUACACAAGAUCGAUGGGUUUAAUUGUUUGGAUUUGGCUGUCACUUCUAUUUGAUAUGUCGGAGUAGUAGUAAAUAUAGAUUAUUAAAGAUCUGGACAUUUGUAAUGGACAAGGGGCAAUAAACAUAACUACUGUCUUGCUUGUUUAUUGCUAAUCUUGUUUUUACUUUUUUUUAAUCUUGUUUGUUGUUGUCUUUGCUGUCACGGUUGGUGUGUGUGUGUGCGUGUUUUUUUUAAUUCCUUCAGAUUUAAUGCAAUUUUUUUUCCCUUCA